AUGCCCAAGCUGGCGGAGGCUCGGGCGGAACGUCGUGAGUGCGAGCGCGUCCUGAUGGCAGGACCCACGGGUGAGCGGGCUCCGGGGCUCCCCCGCCCCGCGCUCCCCAGCCUGGCGCUCCUGCUCGCGCUGUGCGCCCUGCAGCCUGCGUCCUCGGCCCAGGGCGCCCCGCCGCACUACGACCCGGUCUGGGAGUCCCUGGACGCCCGGCCGCUCCCGCAGUGGUUCGACCAGGCCAAGUUCGGCAUCUUCAUCCACUGGGGCGUGUACUCCGUGCCCAGUUUCGGGAGCGAGUGGUUUUGGUAUUAUUGGCGAGAGAACCAGCAACCGAAGUAUGUGGAUUUUAUGAAACGCAAUUACCCUCCUGACUUCAGAUAUGAAGAUUUUGGGCCACAGUUUACAGCAAAGUUUUUUAGUGCUAACCGCUGGGCAGAUAUUCUUCAAGCUUCUGGUGCAAAAUACAUGGUCUUAACUACAAAACAUCAUGAAGGUUUCACCUUGUGGGGUUCUAAGUACUCCUGGAACUGGAAUGCUGUGGAUGAAGGGCCCAAGAGGGACAUUGUCAAGGAACUCGAGGUGGCCAUCAGGAAAAGGACUGACUUGCGUUUUGGCCUGUACUAUUCCCUCUUUGAAUGGUUUAACCCAAUUUUCCUUGAGGACAAACUUAAUGCCUUCCACACUCAGCAGUUUCCAUUAUCUAAGAUGUUGCCUGAGCUCUACUGGCUGGUGAACACCUAUCGCCCUGACUUGCUGUGGGCGGAUGGCGACGGAGGGGCGCCAGCCUCGUACUGGAACAGCACUGGCUUCUUAGCCUGGCUGUAUAACGACAGCCCUGUCCGGGACACAGUAGUCACCAAUGAUCGCUGGGGAAAUGGGACCAUCUGCAAACAUGGUGGCUACUACACCUGCAGUGAUCGUUACAAUCCAGGACACGUUUUGUCACAUAAAUGGGAAAACUGUAUGACAAUAGACAAGGUCUCCUGGGGUUAUCGGAGGAAUGCUAAAAUCUGUGACUACUUUACGAUCGAAGAACUGGUGAAGCAACUUGUAGAAACAGUUUCAUGUGGUGGAAAUCUUUUGAUGAAUAUCGGGCCUACAAAAGAUGGCACAAUUUCUCCAAUUUUUGAGGAGCGAUUAAGGCAAAUGGGGGCCUGGCUCAGAGUCAAUGGAGAUGCCAUUUACGGAACCAACACUUGGAGAUCCUCAAAUGAUUCUGUCACCCCAGAUGUGUGGUACACAGCCAAGCCUAAACAAAAUUUGGUUUAUGCCUUUUUUCUUAAAUGGCCCGUAUCCGGAAAACUGUUUCUUGGCCUACCCAGAGCUACUCAGGGUUCAACAAAGGUAACACUACUGGGCUACAAAACUCCACUUAAUUGGACUUCCUCAGAGCAGACUGGGAUCCUGGUAGACCUGCUUCAGGUCCCCAUGAGUCAGCUUCCAAACAUGUGGGGCUGGACUCUGGAACUGGCCAACGUGCUCUAG